AUGUCUGUCAAGCGGACCAAGAACCCGGUCCCGGACUGGAUCCAGGUCCCUCACCCGGAGAUGCAGCACUGCCUCGUCUCCUUCCCGCGCAAGCACAUCCUGCUCGUCACCAUCAACCGCCCGCAGUACCGCAACUGCCUGCCCGUCACCGCCACCAUCGAGCUCGGCCACCUGUGGAAGUGGUACGACUCGGAGCCCGAGCUGCGCUGCGCCGUCUUCACCGGCGCCGGCGACAAGGCCUUCUGCGCCGGCAUGGACCUCAAGGAGCGCCACGACGUCCUGCUGACCGAGGAGGUCGCCCUCGAGUACCCCUCGGGCCAGUUCGGCGGCAUGUCCAACCGCACGGGCAAGAAGCCCAUCAUCGUCGCCUGCAACGGCCACGCUCACGGUGGCGGGAUGGAGAUGCUGCUCAACGCCGACGUCAUCUUUGCCUCGCCCAACGCCGACUUCCGCCUGCCCGAGGUCAUCCGCGGCGUCUCGGCCCUCGCCGGCGCCCUGCCCCGCGCCAUGAUGCUGUUCGGCAACCACCGGUGCAUGGACAUCAUCCUGACCGGCCGCGUGCUGACCCUCAAGGAGGCCGUCGACUGGGGGUUCGUCAAGGAGGUCGUGCCCCUCGACCGGCUCGUCGACCGCGCCAUCGAGUACGCCGCCGAGAUCGCCGCCCUGGCCCCCGACAGCGUCAUCAUCUCGCGCCUCGCCGCCCGCGAGGCCUGGGAGGGCGCCGGCAUCAGCCGCGCCACCAUGCGCGGCCAGGAGCUCUGGGCCGAGAACAUGCUCAAGAGCAAGAACGCCGAGGAGGGCCUGAGGGCGUACAAGGAGAAGAGGGACCCCAAGUGGUUCCCGUCGCACAUCUAA